AUGAUUCCACAGUUACCCUUCGUUGCCUUACUUUGUUUACAAGUCGUUGCAGGCGAGAUUUUGACCAUCAGGCUCGACAAUGGAAUGGUCCUCCAGGAGAAUAUGGAUGACGAGGGUUCAACAUGGUUCGGAAGAGUACCCAUUAACAGGGCCACUUUCCACUAUACCGUUGACGAUUGCGAACGGCUCGCCCAGGAUGUCUACGCUGGCUUGCGAAGAGCACUAGACAGCAACAUCAAUGACAAGAAUAGUCCAAAUGCUAUCCGAAUGUUCGGCAAAUUUGGCAAGCCCAAAGAACAAUUGUGGCUCACUUUCGAGACAGAUAGCGAACAUGGCCUGGCAACAAUCGCAGAUACAGGCGUAAGACGGUCUGAGGGCUAUCCAGUUGGAUCUGUUGUCGGAUCUGCAAAGGCAGUUCGUCAGGGGAACAUCAUACCCGACGAAGCCAAACCACGAGAUGCUUGUAAAGUGGAUGAUGUUCUAACUGGAUUUGCUGACGGCAAAAAUAGCCGCGCCUGUCAAGCGGUAGCCACCAGUCUUGGAGUCCAGUUCAAAGAUGGUCUCCCCGCAAGACCCCCACACCGCAACCCAAUUGGUAACGAUGUUAUAUCCGAUAAUGACCUUGCAAACUGCUUCCAGGAGAAACGCUCCGACAGCGGGAGCGCCAGAAAAGAGUGCGCUCUAGUCAAGCCCUCCAGCGCUGCUCCUUCCAAGCCUGCCACCGCUUCUAAAGCGUCCUCCAUCCCGGCAAAUCCAGCAUUAUCGACCUCCAAGGUUGCUCUUCAGCCCAGUUCUGCGUCUCUCCAGCCUAGUGUUUCCAUCCCCAGUCGCCCCAAGGCUGCGUCGUCAGUGCCUCCCAAGGCUGCUUCUAGCAAGGCUGCUCUCCCCAGCUCCUCUGCAGUCAAGAUUGUCCCUUCAAAGCAAGCACCUACAAAGGCAGUAUCCACCAACGCUGCUCUUCCGGCUCUUUCAUCCAAGGUUGCACCCCCAUCAAAGGCCGUGUCUAAGAGAGUCCCUGCGUCACAAGCUGCCCCAGCGAAACCUGUGAGCCCAGCGGCACCGGCGAAGCCCGUGACACCUGCAGCGCCACCUGUAAAGUCUGUUCCUACGAGCUUUAAGACAUCUGUGAAGCCUUCAUCUGCUGUCAAGGUGUCUCCGACAAAGAUUCCGGCGCCAAAGCCGGCUCCGGCUCCGACUGCCCCCAAGAGCAAACCCGCGCCGGCUAAGCCUCCCAAGAAGGGUGGGAAAUAG